GUUAUGCCCACUCCCUACCGUAGUAUCGUUGCGGAGUUAUCAUGUCAUAUCGUGUCAUGCUUCGAACAGGCUAGCCGAAUUUGCAAUCGCAAGGACUUUCUCAUUUCUCAAGUGACUCUAUCCAUCGAACUCCCUAAAAUUUUCAAAACAUAAAAAUCCAAUGGCAAUACAGUCAGUUACAGGACCCACCUUCCCCUUCCCGCCGGCAUCCAACCACCACCGUCCAACACCUUCAACAACAGCAACACCCCUUCGCUCCAAACCCACCACUUCAACAGACCCAGAUUUCUCUGACCACCUUCCUUCUUCUUCAACCUCCAUUAAAACUCACAAAACCCAGAAAAAAUGGUGGUUUCCUGAUACCAAAGAGAAGGAGAGAGAAGCAAAAGAGAGAAAAGAAGAAAUCAACAGAAAAAUUGCAUCCCAAAAAGCCAUUUCUGUGAUUCUUAGAAGGGAAGCUACUAAAGCUGUUAUUGAGAAGAAGAAAGGGAUUAGUUCUAAAAGGCUGUUACCUAGGACUGUUCUUGAAGCUCUUCAUGAACGUAUUAAAGCUCUUCGUUGGGAGUCUGCCCUCAAGGUGUUUGAACUAAUGCGAGAGCAGUUGUGGUAUAGACCCAACUCUGGUAUAUACAUCAAGCUUAUUGUCAUGCUUGGAAAAUGUAAGCAGCCUCAAAAAGCUUAUGAAUUGUUUCAAACUAUGGUUGAUGAAGGCUGCAUUAUAGAUCAUGAAGCAUGCACUGCUCUCAUGUCAGCCUACAGCAGGAGCUGUCAGUUUGAUGAAGCCUUCUCGCUGCUUGAGCAUAUGAAGAACAGUACUAAUUGUAGACCUGAUGUUUAUACGUACUCAAUCCUCAUAAAGUCGUGCCUCCAAGUCUUUGCCUUUGAUAAAGUUCAUAUGCUGCUUUCUGAUAUGGUAUCGCAGGGAAUCCCGCCCAACACAGUCACAUAUAAUACCCUGAUUGAUGCUUAUGGAAAAUCAGGAAAGUUUGCAGAAAUGGAAUCAGUACUAGCAGAAAUGCUUACUAAUCGGAAUUGUGAACCUGAUGUAUGGACCAUGAAUUCUACACUCAGAGCUUUUGGCAACAGCGGACAAAUUGAGAUGAUGGAGAAAUGUUAUGAGAAGUUCCAGGGUGCUGGAAUUGAACCCAAUAUCAGAACUUUCAACAUACUCUUAGAUUCAUAUGGCAAAGUUGGACAUUAUACAAAGAUGAGUGCUGUUAUGGAAUAUAUGCAGAAAUAUCACUACUCCUGGACAAUUGUGACCUACAAUGUAGUAAUAGAUGCAUUUGGAAAGGCUGGGAAAUUAAAGCAGAUGGAAUUUUUGUUUAGGCUGAUGCAAUCAGAAAGGGUUAAGCCAAAUUGUGUCACAUUUUGCUCACUUGUGAGGGCUUACGGUGAAGCUGGAAGUGCUGACAAAAUUGGUACUGUGUUGCGGAUUAUUGAGAACACGGAUGUAACUUUGGAUACCGUGUUCUUUAACUGUCUGGUUGAUGCAUAUGGGAGGAUGGAACGAUUUGCUGAGAUGAAGGAGGUUCUUGAGAUGAUGAAGAAGAAGGGAUGUAAACCUGAUAGUGUUACUUAUAGAACCAUGAUUAAAGCUUAUAACAUUGCUGGCAUGACAAGUCAAGCAAAGGAGUUGAGAGAUUUUGUUAGAUCUUCAGAGAAAUCUUUGAGAUUGAAGGACCAACAUUAAUGUACGAAUUUUUUUUGUAUUUUUUUUGGUUGGAAAAAUAAAAUUAGGUUGAAAGUUAUAGUGUAGAAAACUAGACCUUGUAAUUAUUUCGGUAAUUCGGUAUACCCCCUCUAUCCCUAUUUACAUGAUGAACUUUGACUUUUAGCACAACUUUGACCUUUUUUUUUCGGUUUUUAUAUAAAACACAUAUUGGAAUA